AGGUAUUAAAUCCUGUAAAAAAAGGCAACUCAUACAUUUUUUAGUCAAGAUGCUAUUUGAUUCUUGUUUCUGAUGCUACCUUGUCUAGAAAAUUCUUGCCAAGUUUUGCAAGAAUAUAAUGCAUAAAAAACAACUAUAAUUGCAAUUUAAUAAUACUCAAGACUGCUUUGAAGACAUGAAACUAAUUUGCUCCCAAGCCACAGCUGAUUCUGAACCUGCUUCUGGAAGGUCUCCCCUGUCAUACUCUCCAUCAGCCUAGAAGACGCAAGUUCUGCUGCUGCUACUACUCCACUUGGUGGUGGUAAAAUGGCUUCCAGGAAAUUCAUCCUUACUCUUUCUUCGGGAAUGAUCUGUGGUUUCUUCUCAUUCUAUUUGUUAAACAGCUCAUUAUCUUACGCACCUGGGAGCCUCAACCCUCGCAUCUAUCAAGGCGCAAGCCUCACCCACUAUGGCCACGCUCACACCCAUGAGGAGAUGGAGGGUUGCAGAUACCACCAGCCUGGGCAACAUGAAAUGGGCCCAGGAGUUGUGUUGAAGGAUGUCCUGGGGUCUGGUUUAAUUUUCUGGUUUUUAGACCCAACUCUUGAUGCCGUGUACAGGGUCAAAAGUAGGCAGGCAAUCAAUCUCAAUUCGGAAGCAUUGAAAUUGGCCUCUGAAGUGCGUGUUUUAUGCUGGGUGAUGACAAGUCCAGAUAAUCAUGAGAAGAAAGCUAAGCAUGUGCAGGCCACAUGGGCCAAACGCUGUGACAAAACCAUCUUUAUGAGUUCACAAGCAGAUGCUGAUUUGAAUGCAGUAGCUGUGACAGAUGGUGAAGGCCGCAACCGCCUGUGGGAGAAAACAAAGAACUCCUUCAAGUAUCUGUACGAGAACCACCUCAAUGAUGCCGACUGGUUCCUCAAGGCAGAUGACGACACGUACGUUGUGGUGGAGAACUUGAGAUAUUUCCUGAGUUCCUACAACAGCUCAGUGCCUCUCUGGUUUGGUAGGAAGUUUCGCAAAUUUCUGAAGAAUGGCUACAUGAGUGGAGGGGCGGGUUAUGUGCUCAGUAAGGAGGCCGUCAAAAGACUUGUUGAGGAAGGCUUGCCCAACCCCAAGAAGUGCCGUAAGGACGGCAAUGGAGCCGAGGAUGUCGAAAUGGGGAAAUGUCUUCAGAAUCUUGGCGUGAUGGCGGGCGAUUCUCGCGACGAGAUGGGCAGAGAAAGAUUCUUCCCGUUCGUGCCUGAGCAUCACCUCGUGCCCGGCCUUAUUAUUAGAAUUGGUUUAUUUUAUAUUUAUAUCCACUUCACCACUUGUCAGGGCAUGAACUGUUGCUCGGACACCGCCGUGUCGUUCCAUUACGUGACCCCAGGCCUGAUGUAUCAACUGGAGUACCUGCUCUACCACCUCAGACCUCACGGCAUCCUGUCGCACGAGCCUGCGUCUCCUGCACUGCCUCCUGACGCCAAGAGCCUCCCUAAGGAGGCGUUCAAGAGACAGACAUUUGAAGGGAAGCGAGGCCUUGCCGCAGCUGAAGCCACUGAGUCUGCUCCAAAGAAGUCCAACCAUUCUUCACUUAAGGAAAAUUCGGCCGCGUCGCAAGUCUCUUCUUCUGAUACAAAUGAUAGAGUUGCAGCUUCGGCUGAUAUUAAGCAAAAGAGGUAGAACUAGAAAUGAAAUUAGGAAAAUUAAAGUGAUUUCUGCUACUUUCUCCAAAGAUGUGUGCGUUCGGGUCCAAUCUGCUAUUUUAAGGAGAGUUUUUUUUUAAUGUGUGGCUUUCUAGUUUCAUUUGUUCUCUAGUAUAGAUGCGCUAGUCUGAUUUAUUCUUACACGUGAUUUUCAUCUGAUAAGGAGGCUUUUGAAGCCAAUGUUAUACUCGCUUUUAUUUAAAGAUCUCUUCGGUUACACAACAUCUCAAUAUUAGCGGAUGAUACUUAUUAAUUUUGCUAGUCAUUCUUUGCCAUCUAUCUUGUUAAAUCAAUUAACAUUUUUUUCAACAAAAUGAUUAUUGCAUACGGUACUUAUCGUUUUACCAUACAAUUUUCUUAGCUGACAUCAGCACAUCACGAUUACAAUUGUUAAGUCUGCAUAGGCACACGAAGUUAUUUCAGUUUCAUUCACUGGUUAAUUUUGUACGACACAAAGCUUUACGAUCAAUGCAAUGAUUAUGUACUUAUUAAUGCUAGUGUUGUAGCAACUUGUUGUGAACUGAGCUCUUGUUUCAUGUUCUACGUUACUAAAUGGCUUAUUACAACAUUAAGAAUGUCAUUAAUUGUGUUAUGCUUGUGGCUAAACUGGAAAGCGACAGGUCCGUCAAGAUUGCAAAUUGAUGUUCCGAGUUUUGUAUGGAUACUCGAAUAGAAUAUAACAAUUUUCUGAAAAUUUCGUCCUGCACUAUGUAAUAAGAGCAGGUGGCCGAUGUUGGCCACUGCAUGAAAUCUCAGGCCAGUUUUGAGCCGCGGUUAUUAUCUCACUUCAGAUCCAGGCCGCCAUUUCAAAGCUAAUGAAGCCCCCACUGUUUCACCAUCAAAAUUAAACUAAUUCAAAUUAUUACUUCAUGGCGGAGCACCUUUAUACCACUGCACACCUACUAUUUAGUGCCAUUGAAAACUAUCAUGUUAACUUCAUUUAAUAUUUAGCGCUUCAAUUGCGGUGCAAAAUUAAUUUUUUUGUUAAUCGGGCUAGUUAUGUUGACUUUAAUUUGUUAUUUUAAGUAAUAGUCAGGGUCACUAAUAAGUAUUAGUAACCCUGAGUAACCUAAUGUAUUAGUCAGUCACUAAUACUUUGAAUUGAAUUUGAUACACGUUGAUGAUUUGUUGGGCUCAAAAUUGGUCAAAUAUACCUUGAUUGUCAACAUGUCUCUAACUUAAGUAUGUAUUUCCGUAUGUUUAUUUCACGUGUGAAACAUAUCGUGUGCUCAGAGGUAAACGGGUAAUUUGGGUAACUAUUAAAUAAAUGCAUUCCUGGGAUGAAAGUUGAGAAGGUGUAAUUAGAUUCUAGUUUUGAAAUAGACAGGAUAAAUAAUAAUGUUCCAUAAAUCCAUUCCAAGAAUGAGUGCUGUUUUUUUAUUAAGUAAUGGA